AUGGGGAAUUAUAGAAUAAAGAAAGACUCAGUUCCUCACAGGAAGAAAAGGAGAGACGUUUUGCUGCAUAUAAUUGCUAUAGUGACGCUUAUAUUUGCUGCAGUUCAUCUUGUUUUCUGUGUUGGAAAGAAUUUUCAAAGUUCAGUUCCUGCUAGAAUACGCCGGGAUGUUGAAAAUGUGACCAACUGCAUCCCCCCACAAUCCUCUGAAUUCCCAGAAGGAUUUUUCACACUUCAAGAGAGGAAGGAUGGAGGAAUUCUUAUUUACCUCAUGAUCAUUUUUUACAUGCUUUUAGCCGUCUCUAUAGUCUGUGAUGAUUAUUUUCUGCCAUCUCUUGAAGUCAUCAGUGAACGUCUCGGUCUUUCUCAAGAUGUUGCUGGUGCUACUUUCAUGGCAGCUGGGAGCUCCGCACCUGAACUAGUCACCGCAUUUCUGGGUGUGUUUGUAACAAAAGGAGAUAUCGGCGUGAGCACCAUCAUGGGAUCUGCUGUGUACAAUCUUCUGUGCAUCUGUGCAGCAUGUGGACUCUUAACCUCUGUGGUGGGCCGUCUCACCUGUUGGCCAUUAUUCAGGGACUGUCUCGCAUAUGCCAUCAGCGUCACCGCUGUGAUUGCAAUAAUCUCAGAUAACAGGGUUUACUGGUAUGACGGCGCAUGUCUUCUGCUGGUGUAUGGUGUUUAUGUGGUGGUGCUGUGUUUCGAUCUAAGGAUCAGUGAGUAUGUAAUGCACAGGUUCAGUCCCUGCUGUACGUGUCUCAAUAAGAACUUGCAGGAGCAUGGCGAGCACCAGCAGCUUGUAGGGUGGAGUGACGACAGCAGUCUCAGAGUGCUCCGGAGUUCCCGAGCCAACAGCGGAAUCUUCCAGGAUGAUUCUGGAUAUUCCCACCUCUCUCUCAGUCUGCACGGCCUGAAUGAGAUAACCGAAGAACAGAAAAGUGUGUUCACGAUGCCAGAACACAACCUGAAGCGGAUCCUUUGGGUUCUGUCCCUGCCUGCCAUCCUGCUUUUGUAUUUGACCAUACCUGACUGCAGGAAACGCUUCUGGAACAGAUUCUACAUGAUCACCUUCCUGAUGUCUGCAGUCUGGAUCUCUGCAUUCACUUACAUUCUGGUGUGGAUGGUCACGGUUGUCGGUGAGACCCUGGGCAUCCCUGAUACAGUCAUGGGAAUGACACUUCUUGCAGCGGGAACCAGCAUCCCGGACACUGUUGCGAGUGUUAUGGUGGCUCGUGAAGGUAAAGCUGACAUGGCAAUGGCUAACAUCGUGGGUUCGAAUGUGUUCGACAUGUUGUGUCUCGGUCUGCCGUGGUUCAUCAAGACAGUGUUUGUGGACACCGGAUCUCCAGUGGAGGUGAACAGCUCAGGUCUGAUUUUCAUGUCCUGUACGUUGCUCCUCUCCAUUAUAUUCCUCUUCUUGGCCAUUCACAUUAACGGCUGGAAAUUGGACUGGAAACUGGGUGUGGUGUCACUGGUCUGCUACAUCGUCUUCGCCACAUUGUCCAUCUUGUACGAGCUUGGGAUCAUCGGGAACAAUCCCAUCCGAGCCUGUGGUGACUAACAUAACACUCAACUCCACUGGAACUCUUAAUUAUGUGCAGUUUGUCAAUUACAUGUUUUGUAAAGGGUGUCAAAGAUCACUGGAAAAAGGCCAAUGGUAUUAUGAACAGGUCUGUGUUCAUUGUUGCUAAUCUUACUGUUGUUUUUAAAACUUAGUCUGGGUACAUCAUAUUUGAGGGAUUUCAGAUUGUUUUGUUUCUUUGAUCUACGUCAAGGGGUGGUGUUCACCAGUUGUUCUACACACCAUGGUGUCUACUCUUACUAAGGUCUAUUGAGAAAAAUUAAGUGAUUUUGUAACAAAAGACACUUUGUGACCUUUUUCAUAAAGCAUAUCAACCACAUUUGAAAUUCCAUAAAAUCUGUAUUACUACCACAUAGCUAUUAAUUUUAAAAUGUUUUCCAUGUUUUCCAUGAAAAAUGUUAGUGGCGUUCAUGAUAGUUUUCUAAAACAAAAUGACUUAAAAUAAUGACAAAAAUAACCAGCAUUUUCCCACUUAAAAUCCCAUUAAAGUGUGUUUGAAAUGAUA